UGAAAGGUCAGCUUGAGCAGAAGAAACAGAAGAAUGGUAUGGAGGAUUCAUCCAGCCCACAGGGAGAUGUGCUGGAGAACGGUGCUGACUCCAACAUCAUGGAUAUACAGAGGGAUGCAAACAGACAAAUCAAUGACCUCAAAUUUAAGCUUGUCAAAUCAGAGCAAGAAGUCACAGCACUUGAACAGAAUGUCACAAGGCUUGAGGGUCAUGUGACCCGUUACAAAGCUGCAUCUGAAAAUGCAGAGAAGGUGGAGGACGAACUCAAAGCUGAAAAACGCAAACUGCAGCGAGAGUUGCGCUCUGCACUGGACAAGAUUGAAGAGUUGGAAUCCAGUAACAGCCACCUCUCGAAAAGGCUGGAGAAGAUGAAGAGUUAUAAUAGGCCAACAGCAACAACUCCCUAA